AAGUGUGGAGGAGGAGUGGAGUAAAGAGGAGAGGAGAGGCACACUGUCUCCCUCCUUCACCCGUUGGGCUUUUCUGCAGCAUCCUUCCACUUCAUCAUGGAUCCCUGGAGUAAAAAAGUCUGGGGGAUUAUUACGCAGGUCACCCUGAUACUUUUCAGCUUGAACGGGGCAACACGAGGAGAGGUGUGUCACAGUCCGCUGGUAUCCAAUCUUCUGCCAUCGUCCUUCAGAAGCUCCUCGCAGUUGUCGAGCAGCCACGGGCCGGGCUUCGCUAAGCUGAACCGGAGAGAAGGAGCUGGAGGCUGGUCUCCUGUGAGUUCAGACGGAUAUCAGUGGUUGGAGGUCGACCUGGGUGAGCGGACGCAAAUCACUGCUGUUGCCACACAAGGCCGCUAUGGCAGCUCUGAUUGGCUGACGGCCUACCAACUGAUGUUCAGCGACACGGGACACAACUGGAAACAGUAUCGACAGGAAGACAGUAUAGGGACUUUUCCAGGUAACACUAAUGCAGACAGUGUGGUCCAGCACAAGCUCCAGCAUCCUGUGAUCGCCCGCUACGUCCGCCUGAUCCCCCUGGACUGGAACCCAAAUGGCCGGAUUGGACUCAGACUGGAGACUUAUGGAUGUCCUUACAACUCUGACGUGGUGAGCCUCGACGGCCGCAGCAGCCUCCUCUACAGGCUGAGUCCCAGGCCGAGGCAGAUGACCAGGGCGAGCAUCUCUCUGACAUUUAAAACCCUGAGGAACUCUGGGAUACUGCUGCAUGCAGAGGGACAGAGCCAGCACAGCCUCAUCCUUGAGUUAGAGAACGGAAAGCUUCUCUUGCUCCUCCGAAAAGGCAGGAGCUCUUCCCCUGACAGCCAGCACCUCGUGUCUCUGGGCAGCUUGUUAGACAACCAACACUGGCACCACGUCGCAGUGGAGCAUCACAGCACCCACCUGAACCUCACCGUGGACAAAAGCACGCUGUGGGUGCAAAUCCCAGCAAAAUUUACACACUGGGACCAUGACCAGAUGAGUGUGGGAGCAGCCCAGGGUCUCGUCUCUCGGAGGUCAGACAGAAAUUUCCACGGCUGUGUGGAAAACCUGGUUUACAACGGUGUGAACCUGGUAGAACUCGCUAAGCAAAAUGACCAGAGGGUCACCGUGGAGGGCAAUGUGACCUUUUCUUGUGCUGAACCCGUUUUUGUUGCAAUGACGUUCACCAGUCCCCAGAGCUUCCUCUGGCUGCCGGGGCUGAUGGAGCUGUCGUCAGCAGGCGUGUCAGUGGGGCUGCAGUUUCGGACGUGGAACAAGGUGGGGCUUCUGCUGACCUUUGAUCUCCCGAAACAAGGAGGUGCCGUCUGGAUGUACCUGAGCAAAGCCAGGCUCCAUCUGCAGGUCCACAAGUCCGGCAGGGCGCCACUGGAGCUCAGUGCCGGUUCAGCUCUGAAUGACGGUCAGUGGCACGCUGUGGACCUGAUCUCAAGACGAGGACAUCUGUCCGUCUCCGUGGACGGAGGUGAAGGAGCCACUGCGCACGCCAAUCCACCGUUUGUUGUCACCACAGGAGGUCAACUUUUCUUUGGCGGUUGCCCUGCUGAGGGGAGCAACCAGGAGUGCAUUAACCCCUUCAAGGCGUUCCAGGGCUGCAUGCGUCUGCUGACUGUGGACAACCAGCCGGUGGACUUGAUCCUGGUGCAGCAGAGGCUGAUGGGAAACUACAGUCACCUGCAGAUCGACAUGUGUGGCAUCAUCGACAGGUGUUCUCCCAGUCACUGUGAACAUGGAGGCAGCUGCAGUCAAUCAUGGAGCACCUUCCACUGUAACUGCUCCAGCACCGGAUACAGUGGAGCCACUUGUCACAGCUCAAUAUACGAGCAGUCCUGCGAGGCGUACAAACACAAAGGCAACACGUCGGGGUAUUAUUACAUUGAUGUCGAUGGCAGCGGACCCAUCAGACCACAGCUGAUAUACUGCAACAUGACAGAGGAUAAAACAUGGAUGGUGAUCCAGCACAACAACACAGAUGUGACGAGAGUCCGACCAUCGCCGGGGAAGGAUCAGCACUCGGCUCACUUUGAAUACACAUCUGAGGAGGAGCAGCUGGCAGCUGUUAUUAGCCAAUCAGAGCACUGCGAACAGGAACUGACCUACCACUGCAGGAAGUCACGCCUCCUCAACACACCGGACGGCCCUCUGCUCAGCUGGUGGGUUGGAGGUCCAGGUGCAGGACAGGUGCAGACCUAUUGGGGUGGGGCUCCUCCAGGCAGCCAGCAGUGUUCCUGUGGCCUGCAGGAGAACUGUGUGGACCCCAGACACUACUGCAACUGUGAUGCUGACCGCACUGAAUGGGCGAAUGACUCAGGCCUGCUGACCCAUAAGGAGACCCUCCCUGUCAGAUCUGUGGUGCUGGGCGAUGUCCAGAGGCCUGGCUCAGAAAGCGCCUACAGGGUCGGCCCUCUCCGUUGUCAUGGAGACAAAAAUGUCUGGAAUGCUGCAUUUUUCGACAAGGAGACGUCGUAUCUCCACUUUCCCACAUUUCACGGAGAGCUGAGUGCGGAUAUCUCCUUCCUGUUUAAAACCACUUCAUCCUCCGGUGUCUUCCUGGAAAACUUGGGCAUCAAAGACUUCAUCCGGAUUGAACUCAGCUCCGCCACCGAGGUCCUUUUCUCCUUUGACGUUGGCAAUGGUCCGUUGGAGGUUCGGGUGGUGGCUGGCUUCCCGCUGAACGACAACAGGUGGCAUCGCAUUCGAGCCGAGCGGAACGUUAAAGAGGCAUCGCUCCGCCUCGACGAGCUGCCUGCUGCCACACAGGAGGGUCCUGUUGAUGGGCACAUCCACCUGCAGCUCAACAGCCAGUUGUUUAUAGGUGGCACUGCGUCCAGGCAGAAGGGCUUUCGGGGCUGCAUUCGCUCUCUGCAGCUGAAUGGCGUCACUCUGGACCUGGAGGAGAGAGCGAAGAUCACCCCUGGGGUUCAGGCCGGGUGUCCGGGACACUGUAGCAGCUACGGCUCACUCUGCCAGAACCAGGGUCACUGUGUGGAGAGACCCAACAGCUUCUCCUGUGACUGUGGCCUGUCUGCCUAUACAGGAGCCUUCUGUGACAGAGAAGUUUCAGCCAGCUUUAAGUCAGUAACAUCCGUCAGCUACACCUUCAAGGAGCCGGUGCCGGACGAGCUGAACAGGAGCACCAGCAGCAGCAGCAGCAACACCCUGCCCUCCUCCAUCUUCUCUGACGUGACCCUGAGAGCCGAAAACGUCUCCCUGAGCUUCAGGACCAGCCAGAGUCCAGCCCUGCUCCUGUACGUCGGCUCCUACACCAAGGAGUACCUGGCUUUGCUGCUCAACAAGCACGACAUGCUGGAGGUGAGAUACAGACUGGACAGCAGCAAAGACGCAGAGAUCCUGAGAAGCAAAGUGAGGAACCUCGCCAACGGACAGCUACAUGUUGUCACCAUCAGCAGACUGGCAGACGGCGUCUCUGUGCAGAUUGACCUGAACACCAAAGAAGAGUUCAACUUGACAUCUGAUGUAGAAUUCAAUACUAUCAGGUCGCUGGUUCUCGGCAGAGUGCUUGACUCUGGUGAGCUGGAUCCGGAGCUGUCUCGGCUUGCCUCUCUGGGUUUCACAGGCUGUCUCUCUGCUGUCCUCUUUAACUCCAUCAGCCCUCUAAAAGCUGCGCUGCUCCACGCAGACACCAGCCCUGUCAUUGUUACAGGCCCGCUGGUCCAGUCCAUUUGUGGCUCCACUUCAGCCAAUCCCUACGCAGCAGAACCCACACACCACCUGUCAGGCCAGUCUGGAUCAGUGGGAACGGGUCAGCCUUUAGUGAAUGCCAUCAGGAGUGACUCAGCUCUAAUUGGAGGUGUGAUAGCCGUGGUGAUCUUUGUGACCGUGUCUGCAUUAGCCAUAAUGGCGCGAGUCCUCUACAGGAGGAAAGGGACAUGUCAGAGCCAGGAAGUAAAGACAGUAAAGCCCGAAGACAGCCCGGAACUGCCGUUCACCAGCCAGACCAGCUCACAGAAUGGUCCGAGCGAGAACCAGAAAGAAUAUUUUAUCUAGGUGGAGGUUUGACCUGCUGACCUGACCAGGCAGCGCUGCAGCUGAGGAGACAGACAGAGACGGAGAUGCCUUGUCAAGCCUCAGUGCUUUACACUAUAAACUGAGCCCAAACUGUGGCUCGACACGAAGACUUACACAGAGCUAUAACUCGUGUUCUGUCUCCUUUUGUUUGGUUUUGGCUUCUGUGGUUGUAUUUUUGUAAAGACUGUAUACAGAUGCACAAGAACAAAGUGUUGAAUUUAUAAUAUGUCAAUACUGUCAGUAGAAUUGUAAAUAUUUAAUGACGUUAAAAAAAAUUCAAAAAAUGCCUUUAUAUCAAUCCGUUCUUCUCUGUCCUAUUGAAAUGUUUGAAAUGAUUAAAUGAGAAACUGUUUUUUCAUCGAGUUGAAAGUUAAAGAAGGUUUGUCGGGUAAAUACAUUUUUCCAACAUGGAUAAUGAAUGUUUGCUGUUUUGAGUGACUGAGCCAAGUUAAUUGAAUUUCCAGCUGUUUUUGUUGUUUUUUUGCACCUACUGUAUGAACUGUGGCAAAGCAAAAUGUAUCCGUUCACAUUGAACAUUUCUCAUUUUCUUAAAGUUUCACUCACAAUGAUUCUUUUUCAUAUCAUUGCAGCUUGAAGCAAAACUUAACUCAUAUUUAUUUUUAUUUUGCUUGAUUUCUCUUUUUCUCUGGCUUUCUCUCAAUGUAGUUCUGAACAGUAAAGGUGUUGACAGAUGCA